GGGGCCCCGCGGUGGAACUUGCCCGGGUGUUUCCUGGCGACGGGGGGAAGUGGAGGAGCCGCCGCCGCCGCCGCGGAGAGUGGGAGCCGCGCUUCUCCCCGCUCCCUGCCGGGCGCCUGAUCUACCAUGAGACCCGCCAUCUUCCCGCUCCUGCCUGACCCUGGCUGCCUCCUGCUCCUCCUGAAAAAGAAGGAAGAGCAACAGCAACACAGGACUGAAUCUCGAUGGUUUUACUGUACGGGCAAACACUUCAUACACUACGAAGGUCUGCAUCACAAAGUGUCUUGGCUUUUUAGUCCAGCAAGAAGUGAAAUAACAAGUCUAGAUAGUGGAAACAUAGAUGACAUUUUAAACAAUGCAGAUGUUGCUUUAGUUAAUUUUUAUGCUGAUUGGUGCCGCUUCAGCCAAAUGCUGCAUCCUAUUUUUGAGGAAGCUUCUAACGUAAUUAAGGAAGAGUAUCCAGAUAAGAAUCAAGUGGUGUUUGCUAGAGUAGACUGUGAUCAGCAUUCUGAUAUAGCUCAGAGGUACAGGAUAAGCAAAUACCCGACUCUGAAACUCUUCCGGAAUGGCAUGAUGAUGAAGAGGGAAUACAGGGGCCAGAGAUCUGUGACAGCAAUAGCAGAUUACAUCAGGCAGCAGAAGAGUAACCCCAUUCGGGAGGUCCAGGAUUUGGAAGAAAUUAGUUCUCUUGAUCGCAGCAGAAGGAAUAUUGUUGGAUACUUUGAGCAAAAGGACUCAGACAAUUACAGAACCUUUGAAAGAGUAGCGAAUAUUUUGCAUGAUGAUUGUGUGUUCCUAUCUGCCUUUGGGGCUAUUUCAAAAGCAGAGAGAUUUAGCGGAGACAAUAUAAUCUACAAGCCACCAGGGGAAAAUGCUCCAGAUAUGGUGUAUUUAGGCUCGCUAACCAAUUUUGAUUUGGUUUAUGCAUGGACACAAGAUAAAUGUGUACCACUAGUUAGAGAAAUUACGUUUGAAAAUGGGGAGGAACUGACAGAAGAAGGUCUUCCUUUUCUCAUACUUUUCCAUAUGAAAGAUGACUUGGAGAGUUUAGAGAAAUUCCAACAGGAGGUUGCACGACAGUUAAUAGGUGAAAAAGGUACAAUAAACUUCCUCCAUGCUGACUGUGACAAAUUCAGGCACCCACUCCUGCACAUUCAGAAGACUCCAGCAGACUGUCCUGUCAUUGCCAUUGAUAGCUUCAGGCACAUGUAUGUCUUUCCAGACUUCAGUGACUUGUCAAUUCCAGGUAAACUGAAGCAAUUUGUACUAGACUUGCAUUCUGGAAAACUGCAUAGAGAGUUUCAUCAUGGCCCGGAUCCAACUGAUGUAGCACCUGGUCAGCCAAUUCAGGAUUUAGCAAGCAGCCCACCAGAAAGCUCAUUCCAGAAACUGGCACCCAGUGAACAUAGGUACACCUUAUUGAGGGAAAAAGAUGAACUUUAAAAACUUGAAAUAAUCUUGCAAGCCUUUCAGACAGCAGCGUUGACUUCUGUGUGGUGGAAAUAGUAAACCUAUAUUUUCAUAAUUCUAUGUGUAUUUUUAUUUUGAAUAAACUGAAAAAUAAUUUUUUCUCCCCAGGCUUGUAAAUACAUUUGUUUGGUGGGUCAUUCUGUACAGCAUCUUUCAAACAGUACAUUCUUAAUGCUAUCGUAAAAUAUCAGAGACCCAUCCAGACUCUUGAUCUAACUCUGUUCUGUAAAACUUUUAUAAUCCAAAUGAAGGUAUCCUUGCCAGAGACAUGCUGUUAACUUGCACUAUCCCAUUAAAUAGGACUUCUGGGUUGUUUUCUGUGUAACCUUGGUAGUAUGUGCUUUUUCUUCUUCAUGUGAACAGCUAUCCUGGUAAUCUAUUUCUUUGUCACAUUUUUCUCCAACUUAAGAGGGUCUUCUAUUCUGGAUACUUGGGAGGGGAAUAAAUUAAAGUUUUACAGAA